AUGGCUGCCUUGCUCUUGCGCAACACGACCGGUGGCAUCCGUUGCUUGACAAAGGGUUCGGCCUUCAUCAGCACUACCACGACUAUCUCGUCCAGUCAUGGCUUCGGUCUUCUCGCCAAAUACCGCCGGUCUUAUAGCACAACCAUCAGCCAAGAUCUGUUGAACAAAAAGGUCCAGGUCUAUCAGUCCACUUCCAAGGACCCAUACUUGAACCUCUCCAUCGAGCAUCACCUCCUCCAACACUCACACCCAGAAUCUUACGUCCUCUUUCUCUACAUCAAUGAUCCUUGCGUUGUCAUUGGACGUAACCAAAACCCAUGGCUUGAAGUCAACUUGCCUGCUCUGCAAGAAGCAGAGGACAUCAAACUCGUUCGUCGCCGCUCCGGUGGUGGUACCGUCUUUCAUGACCAUGGCAAUGUGAACUGGAGCGUCAUCUGCCCACCCGCUGUCUUCGACCGAGACAGGCAUGCCGAGAUGGUUGUCCGGGCGCUCAAGGAUCUGGGGGUUACCACCGCCAAGGUCAACGAGCGUCACGACAUCGUUAUUGCCGGUGACGGAAGGGGCAACGGACAGGACAUCUUCAAGGUCUCUGGGUCCGCCUACAAGCUUACCAGGUUGAGAUCACUUCACCAUGGGACAUGUCUUCUCAACUCCCCACGGUUGAAGAAUAUUGGCAAAUUCCUGAGAAGUCCUGGUGAGCCGUACAUCAAGGCCAGGGGUGUGGAGAGUGUGAGAUCGCCAAUUCGGAACGUUGAUGUCGAUACGGAGGAAUUCACCAAGGGCGUUGUGGAUGAGUUCCUCGCCAUGUACGAAGAGCAGUGUGGUGAAGAUGUAAAAGUAAACCGUGUUGGGGAGGAGGACAUGAAAAACAUGGACAAUAUCCGCAAGGGUAUGGACGAGUUGACGUCUAUUCCGUGGAUAUACGGCCAAACACCCCAGUUCACCUUCUCUUCUCGCCCAACCGAAGAUGACCCAAGGGAACGCCCACCUCUGGACUUUGAGGUACAGUCAGACUUCAACAUUCAGUUCACCCUCCGCCAUGGUGAGAUUCAGACCGCCAAUGUUUCUGGUCUCAAGUACGAAGGCCCCGCUAUAGACGGGGACUUUUACGAUGGAGUGGUCAGCCAGACCUUGGCCAAGGGUUCAGAAGAUGACAGUGCUGUUAAACUGUACGAGAUCAAGGACUGGGCGACAGUUCUCAAGUCGGCUACCGCCGAGCAGGCAUUCAAGGUGUCUGAUUCUUCCCUGAACAGCAUCUCUCAGUGGUUGAACAAGGUGUUUCCCGGGAACCACUUUCGAUAACCCUUGCAGUGAUGUCAAGGAGGGUGACGACGGAGAUGGUAGGAUUGUACAAGCGACUGCUAUUCGACUGGAGAGAAACUCACCGUAUCCCGAGAGGUAGCUAUACUAGUGGAAUGUCGUUGUCAGUAGGAGAAGGAUCAGAACGUAUACAGCUGGAGAUUUGUACAAUAUACAUGCACAUAUCACAUGGC